CCCCUUCCGCAAAGCAAUCAUCCCGCCCUCCCCAUUGCAAAAACGGAACAGCCUGAUGCCCGCGCACCCUCCCUUGCUCUCUUCUCACUCCCUAAACUUAAGACUAUGGGGAAGUGGAUCAUCUGGCCAUUCGGCGUCCUGAUCAGCGUGCUCCAUGUUGUCUUCCGCCCCGUCACGGUCAUGGUACAACUCGUCUGGGCCGCACUCAUGGCUCCAGUUCGGCUUCUCGGUGGGUUCGUGGGAAUGUUGUAUCCCGUCUACAUUUUCCUGGGCUGCGCCGCCAUAAUCGGACUCAUCAUCGGUGCCUUUGCCGCGGUGGGCGAUGCACUCCUUUACACAGCCCUCAACCACAUCCUCCGCACAGUCUCCAUCGUCGCCAAGAAUGUGUUGGCGACGUGGGGAUGGAGCUGGGAGGAGGAGAGCGGAAGGCCGAGUACGCCGACGGAUUUUCCGGCUGGGUAUGUUACACCCCCGAGACCGUUUCCGAGGAGUAGUGCUAGCUGGAGCGGAGUUGCGGGUGGAGGUGGACAGGGUGCGACGAGUCCUGUGCAGACUAUUCAUGAGGAGGAGGAGGAGGAGGAGGAGGAUGAAGAAGACGUUUGGAGCUCGCCCGUCAGUCCGGCUAUCGAGGUCAACCGAGGGGCUACGGGGUCGGGGAUGAGGACAAGGAGAGGGAGUGGACGGUGGAGAAAGUGGGAGGACGAAGAUGAGGAUGAGGUUGAUGGUGAGAGUGGGGGCUAUGAAAGCGAGGAACGCACACAAAAUUCGAACAAGGACCAGAGUUAUUGGCGGAGUGUUGAGGGGGUUUCCGACCGUGGGAGACAGAGGAUGGGGAUUAGGACACUUCAUCAUGGAUAGCUAUCGCCAGCUGGAUCUGAGUUCAUGAAUAUGAAAACUGAAAGUGCAUGGGCCUCG